CAGCGUCUCGGGGGCCGCUCCGCUCCGCCGGGCUGCGCGCAUGUGCCGCGCCCGCCCCUCCCCCGAGCGGCGGCCGGGCUGAGCGGCGGCGGGGCGCGAUGAAGGACCGGACCGGGGAGCUGCGCGCUGCGAAGGAUAGUGAUGAUGAUGAUGAAGUCACUGUUAGUGUGGACCGGGACCGCUUCAUGGAUGAGUUCUUUGAACAGGUAGAAGAAAUUCGAGGAUUCAUUGAUAAAAUCUCAGAGAACGUGGAGGAAGUGAAGAGGAAGCACAGUGCCAUUCUUGCUUCGCCUAACCCUGAUGAGAAAACAAAGGAAGAGCUGGAAGAGCUGAUGUCUGACAUAAAAAAGACAGCAAACAAAGUGCGCUCCAAGCUAAAGAGUAUUGAGCAGAGCAUUGAACAAGAAGAAGGACUGAACAGGUCAUCUGCUGACCUGAGGAUAAGGAAAACUCAGCACUCAACGCUGUCGCGCAAGUUCGUAGAAGUGAUGUCUGAGUACAACGCCACACAGACUGACUACCGGGAGCGCUGCAAGGGCAGGAUUCAGAGACAGCUGGAGAUCAAUCUAACAAUAGCCUUCCAAACCAUGAAACCUAGCCAGAAGGCAGUGGACUUGCAGGACCCCAGAAGACUUCCCUGGAAGUCUUUGGUGAGUGCUGUGCUGCAUGGUGUGGACAAGGUGUAGCUUCCAGGCCUCAUGCUUUGUCUUAGCAUUAAAGCAAACUUUCUGACCAGCUACAUCCUUUGGUGAAGCCUGCACUGCCUGGCUCCUUGUUAACCCAUAUGAUGUCUGUGCUCUCAUUCUUUGCCUUGAAUGCUUCGAGGCCUUUAACUGCUCUGUGCUUUGCAAGAGUGGAAUGGGACAGCAAGGAGGCAGUGAGAGACAGGGCAAGGGCACAUAUCCUGCAUUCUGUCCUGUCUCUGCCUGCAAGACAUGGCAACCCCUGGAGCUGAUACUGCUGCUUGUCUUCAGGGCUUUCUUCAGGACUUGAAUGGGACAGUGCAGUGGGUCCUUGAGAUGCACCAUACUCAGCACACUCCUCUUUGUCACUGUGCCAGUGACCACUCAGUGCUGAGCAUAAUCAACAUGAGGGUUAGUAAAUUUGUGCUGUUCCAACCCUUGUUUUGCCUUCCUGGGUCCAGGGCUGCCAUGAGCAAGGAGCCAAUAGCAACCAGAGAGAAGCCAGCAUGACUUUCUGCAAAACAGGCCCUGUUACAUGAACCAAUUAAUCUUUCUAGUGGAGUAAAAGGAAUGUAUUAAUUCAAACACAAGACAAGAUCUGACAAAAGUCAGAUGUUUUGAUUAAGAAUUUAGGUCCUUUGGCUCUGGGAUUGUGUGUCGGACACAAGCAUCUGUGCAGGCUGAAGCUGGGUCAUGCUUGGCACCAGCAGGCUCUGGAUGAUCUUCCACCAAAGCUAGAAAAAAGCUUGCAGAGCUUUUGUCCUUGGAGAUGUCUUUUUGGAAGGCUUGAUAACAUGUCCUAAUUUAUAUGAAUCUUCAGAAAUCUCUGGCUGCCAGAAAUUUUCCAGUUGACAAAACAAAAAAGCUUUUGGACUGUCCUUUGGAGUUAUGGAAAGUUUUGUUUGGAGGUAGUUUUGUUUGCAAUUACAAAGACUUUUCUCUGAUUGAUGGCACUUGCACAACAUGAAGAACCACCAGCAGCGGAACACGGGACUCAGCUUUGCCCACUGAGAGUCAGGGUGGCAGAAAUGGCCUGCAGGGCUGGGAAGGGGGUGUCAUGGGUUGCCCUUGGUGAUUAUAAAACUUGAAGCAGUGACUGGAAGCAGGCUGUGGAGCCCUUUCAGGAGCUUGGGGAGGUAAGGAGGAUGUUUCAACCCAAGGGCACAUCAGCAUUACACAACUCCUUCAGACCUGUGAGCACACAGGUUGCAGAGUUAAGCCCUGAUCUGUAGUUACUGAACAGGCUUCACUGAGCUCACGUUUGGUAUAAAAAGAUGUUGAAUGCCUGGAGAUCCUCUUGUACUUCACCAUUCACAGACCUGGGGAUGAGGAGAGGUGGCAGAUGCUGGCAGAGCAGUAUGCAGAGGUGGUGGAGCCUCUUGCCAAGGCUCCCAGCCCUCCUGCAGGAGGAUGGAAGGGGGUCGGAACAUGUCAGCAGGAGUGGUGAAGGACUCUAGCAGAAUGUGGUUACCAUGGGUAAUUUCCAUUAGAAAUUUCCAUUUCCAUUGGGCUAAAAUAGAAAAGAUUUUGCUUCUUGGAGUUGCCAGCCAUGGUGUGAGUAGAGCUAGGAUGAGGACUUGCAAAGCAGCAGCUUCUCGGGGCUUUGGGGGCCACUAGCAGUUCUUAGUCAUCAAGACAAGCCUCUCCCAGGACUUCCACCUCUGCCCAUGGAUCCUGCAACUGUAUAAGAUCAGGCCUGGGCCACCCAGUUCACAUCCAAGAUGUGUUGCAGAUGUACCUGUCUCCAGCUCUGUCUCCUGGGACUUUGGAUCUUUGUCUUAGUCAUGUCCCCAGUCUUUCUCUGGCCAUGCCUCCUGGAUAGACCUUGGCCCCACAGUGUAGCUUUGUCUCCAGUCCUGUCUCCAGUCCCAUUUCCUGCUGUUCCUGACAGGACACUUUGGAGCUACCCCAGAUCUGAUUUCACAGCUUGCCUUGUCUGACACUGCUGCUGGACUCUGUUAUCACCACUCAUCUUUCAUGCUGUGGGAUUGCACCCCAGUUGGUGAAGGCCCCAUGUGUGCUGGGGUCACUCCAGCUCCUGUCUCAGACCCUGCCCUGGAGCAACCUCACUCUUGCUUCUCUAGCACAGCCCUGGGGAGGUUGCCAAGGCAGGAUAGCAUACCAGCAUUUCAGCAUUCCCCAGGUUUCUGAAGCCUUUGGAAUGCCUGUGACCACAUUGCCCAGAACUUGAAGAAAACAUUUAAAACCCACCAUUUAUGUAAGGGCUGUGGGCUUGUUCUUGCUGUUCAUCCAGGGAGAUGUGGGGACAAGGAACCAUGCCUGCCCAAGCAACUCCAGGAACGGGGAACCACUGGAUGAGCUCAUGCCAGCUCUGUUAAGGAACAACUUCUGCUGCAGGGUGGUGAUCCCUGUUGUCUGGUUCUGGUUGCCUCUCUUUUUGGGGCUGCAGACCAAACAUGGAGGAGCAGUCUGCUGCUCCUCACCCUCUACGGUUCUUUGUGCCUUAUGGGUGGAGCAUUUCUUUGCUUUGUCAUAUGGUCCCUUUUCUUCCUCUUUAUAAUCUUUAUUAUAUUUUUUAAUGUUGAUAUCUAACAUCUGCUCAGUUUGUGAUUUUGUCUCCUUGCAGUAUGCAGUCAGAUUUGAAGAUUUACUCCUGGCUGCACAUACAGACUGGGCGAUGAGACGCUGGAGAGCAGCCUAGAAGAGAGGGAUCUGGGGGUCGUGGUAGACAGCAAGUUCAAUAUGAGCCAGCAGUGUGCCCUGGCAG